AGAAUAUUUUAAUUUCAUUUCUUCCUAGUAAGGUAUUUCGGUUGUAUGGUAAAUUAGAGUGUUAGACCCGAAUGUUUAUGUAUAACACUGAUACCAAAGGAAAAUACCUAACUUAACGAAAUUGUCUCCCCAUGGCCAUGGCAGUUACAUUCCCGCCAAUUCCGGACAAUCUCCCGCAACGAACAAAUCUGCGGUCCGAAAUCCACCUGUGAGCGCGACUAUAAAAUGGCGGCAUGUCGGAAUGAUUAUGGCAUUGAGUCGAACGUUAGAGCAGGAAACGUCUUAGCCUUUUUUCGGCGAGAGAAAAUUAACAGAUCGAGUUUUCCUGUCUGGGAAAAUUCUCUGUUGUUUUCUCCGUCUGUUCGUUAAACGCAGCGGCGAGAGCGAGAGGGGAGAGAAGCGUCGCGUCGCGUAACGUCGUCGUUUUGUUUCGUUUCGUUUCGUUCUCUCCCUUCUCCCUCUACCUCUCUUUCUCCUUCUCUUUCCAUUCUCUCCCUUCAAAACGGUCCAAAAAGUAGUCGUUUUGGGAGAAGUAACAGAAAAGAGGGAGAAAUCAAAAUGGAUGUGGUGCGUCGUUUCAAGACCACUGCUUCCAGUCGCAAUUUGGCUUCAGAUCCCGGAGGGGAUCUUGCCAUAAGGAAGGGCAAGGAUGAACAAGAAGUUGAUAAGCCAGUCACCGGGGAAGAAGAACAAUGCAGUACUGCACCAAAGCAGGAUAAAGCUUCUACAUCUCAGGAACCUACCACGAGCACAUCGAAUGUUGCUGAGGACAACAAUAAGGAUAUGGAGCCUUCUGUUGUUAGUGGUAAAGGAACAGAACCAGGUCAGAUCAUUGUAACUACUGUGGGUGGUUCUAAUGGACAACCGAAAAAGAAGUUGUCUUACAUGGCAGACCGUGCAGUCGGUUCUGGUUCUUUCGGAGUUGUUUUUCAGGCCAAGUGCCUUGAAACUGGUGAAACAGUUGCGAUAAAGAAGGUGCUACAGGACAAGAGGUACAAGAAUAGGGAGCUCCAGAUCUUGCGCAUGUUUGAUCAUCCUAACGUUGUUCAGAUGAAGCAUUGCUUCUAUUCGACAACCGAUAGGAAUGAAGUUUACCUUAACCUUGUUAUGGAGUAUGUUCCUGAGACUGUCCACAGAGUUUCUAGGCACUAUAGCAGAAUGAACCAUCACAUGCCCACUAUAUAUGUGCAACUAUAUAUAUACCAGAUUUGCCGAGCUCUAAGUUAUAUACACAACGUUAUUGGUGUGUGUCACCGUGACAUCAAACCACAGAAUCUAUUGGUUAAUCCUCACACACACCAGCUAAAGGUUUGUGAUUUUGGGAGUGCAAAGAUAUUGGUGCCUGGUGAGCCAAAUAUUUCAUACAUUUGCUCACGCUACUAUAGGGCGCCAGAAUUGAUCUUUGGAGCUACAGAUUAUACAUCUUCGAUUGACAUGUGGUCUGUUGGUUGUGUCAUGGCUGAGUUACUUCUUGGACAGCCUAUAUUUCCUGGUGAAAGCAGCGUCGACUUGCUGGUAGAAAUCAUUAAGGUUUUGGGAACACCGACUAAGGAGGAGAUUAAAUGCAUGAACCCAAACUACAAAGAGUUCAAGUUUCCACAAGUUAAAGCUCAUCCUUGGAACAAGGUGUUUCAGAAAAAAAUGCCCCCCGAGGCACUGGAUCUCGUGUCAAAGAUGCUUCAGUACUCACCAACGACUCGUUGUACUGCUUUGGAAGCCUGUGCACAUCCUUUCUUUGAUUCUCUGAGGGAGCCAAAUGUAUGCUUGCCAAAUGGAAAACCUUUGCCUCCUCUCUUCAACUAUAGUCCCCAAGAGCUCGCUGGGGCGUCUGCUGAUCUGCGAAACCGCCUUAUUCCCGAACACCUCAGGAAAUGA